AUUUGUAUCAAGGAAGGUGAGGUUGUUAAGUGUUCUAUGAAACGCGGAUAAAUAACUCUUUAUAUUGGUAUACACAAAGAUUCAUUGGAGGAUGGAGCUGAUGAUAAGAUGGGUUAUUUAGAUGAAUAAAAAAAGUGGAAGAUUACAUGACAAGUAUUGCUCAAAGGAUUCAGUAUGUGAACCAAAAACGUUUUUUGUAUAACUCGACUCAUUUUGUAAAUAUCUCGUCAAGGAUAUUCAUAAAGAAGUCGUGAACUUCAUAUUAUUCAGAUAGAAUGGCGUAUUUGUUGGUUUGUGUUAAAACAGAAGAUACAAUCUAUGACCGGGCAGUGUUUAGCAAAGACCUUGCCCCAGUAAAGUUUGACAAAUCUGAGGUGGGUAUUGCCUUACGACAUGACCCGUGUACAAAUUCCGCUCAAUAUUUUGUGAUACACAGACAUACACAUCACGGGAAAGUAACGCAGAAACAGAAUUCAGUUAAAAACAUUGAAAAUGGAAAUCAGACAGGAAGUGGAACCAGUCUGGAAAAUAAGCCAAAGACGGGAAACAGUCAAAUUUGCUCUUGUAAUGGUUUGAACAUGGAAUGUUCUUGCCAGUCCUGCGAUAACAACAAAAUUGCUCCUAAUUUUUCACUUGUGCUUUUAGAUACUGAGUAUAAAAUAGUGACUAAACUGAAGUCAGAUGUGGCUUAUGAGAGCUUUCAAGAGAUGUCACAAUCCAAGGUAUUCAGGGAGGGAUUUAUUAACUUUAUGAGAAAGAAUAACAAGUUAAGAGAUGUGAGAAGAAAGCAUUGUUCCUGUGAAAGCGUUUUAUCAGCGUGUGAGCUCAGUAUAAGACUGCCAUGGCUGUUGGAAGUAUGCCUAGAACCAGCCAUCUCUCAUGUAUGCUAUGCUUGGAAUGAAAAGGUUGGAGGUUUAGUACAGAAACGCAUGGUUCUAGAGGAAACUAUGGCAUGCUCAUGCCUGAAUCAAUGCAAGGAUGGGGAAUUGAGGUCUUCCUCCACUAGUAAUGCUGGAAAGUUGCCAUUUGACCUUUACUGUGUCAAUGUGAUUGAAAAUCCAACAACACAAACAAAUAAACUGCUAGCAGCAACUGAAUAUCCAUGCAAGCAGUGCAGAUUAAAAUCUGCCAGUGCUGACUGA